GCCAGGAACAGCGCCAGUGUGUAUCGCACCCGUCGGGACAUGGGCAGUGCCUGCUUUUCCUCUUUUCUGAACAACCGCUCGCUCCGAACACGCUGAGAAUGUCCUUGCCGAGCCGAGCCCGCGGCAGCCGUCUCACCCCCGGCGAUGGCUGACAGCAGCGGAGAGUUGCAGGGCUCCUCUCUCGCUGAUUCCAUGGCCGGGCUUUGAUCCGAAGAGGAGCAAUCGAUUGCCAACCAUUUCCCCCACCACCUCCUCCACCGUACACUCACUCAGACACUCCAAGCCGCCAUGGAACGCGCAGCUCCUCCAGCCAUCAACCCCAGCCAUACUCACCGAUUGGAAGGCAACAUGAUGAAAUCCCCUCCCUCCUGUCUCAAGUCUGGCAACGUCAAGGUCUACCUAAAGAAAUGGAGCAUUUGGGACAAAUUUUAUAAUUUGGGCACUGAGAUGAGGAUGUCCAAACGUGGCAGGUUUAUGUUCCCAUACUGUGAGUAUUCUGUUUCUGGGCUGGAUCCCGAGAAGAACUACAUCAUGGCAAUGGAUAUCUCUCCAGUGGACAACUACCGCUACCGAUAUAAUGGGUGCAAAUGGCAGAUCAAUGGAAAGGCAACCCCACAUGUGACAGGGAGACUUUACUUCCACCCAAAUGGCAGUGUUUCUGGGAAAGAGUGGAUGGCCAAGCCAGUGUCUUUUGCCAAAAUGCGAUUAACCAACUGCCCUACUGCAGAAGAAGGUAAUGCAAUCCUUCAUUCCAUGCAUCGAUAUGUCCCCCAGUUGCACAUCAUUGUGGCUGAUGGAAUCAUUGAGAAGCUAAACCUGAAUGAUCCUCGGGUCUACACAUUUGUAUUUCAACAGACUGAGUUCUUUGCUGUGACAAAAUAUGAAAACAAAUUUAUCAGGCAGCUAAAACACUUCUAUAAUCCUUAUGGCACUGCACUGCGAGAUGUAAAGACUUCAAAACAGGCUCUCUUGGUGACUCAAUGGAGUUUGGAAACUUCGAGCAGAAAUUACGGAAUGAUUUGCGUUGGAAUGGGACGCAUGAAAUUCUUCAUCCAGCACUACAGGAAUGUUGCUGGAAUAAAACUGAGUGACCUCCAACUCACUGAAUGUAUAAAUGUGGAGCAUUUAGGACUGACUUCCAUGCAGAAUGUUGAAUUGGUUUCCUCUUUUCCUGUAAAUGAAUCGCAUGGGAUUCGAGAAACUGGGAUUCCAUUUAUCUCCCGGACAGGAAAAACAAAUGAUCUCACCAAGAUUAAGGGCUGGAAACACAAGUUUAACCUGCAACCUGGGUCACCUGAAAACAAAUCGAGUCCAUCACCUUCAAGUGUCAGCCCAGCGGUUAUUAAAAAUAGAUCAGCAUUUGUUAGCGACUUGCUUGAUGAGUAUCUGGAGAAAGAAGGGAAGAUCAUUGAGCAGUCACUCUUGUAUGACUAUGAAAUGCCAGAGAUUGGUUGUCAAACUCCAACCACGUUGGACCCAUCAUGCAAUAUACAACAAAACACUACUCGUUCACCUGACUUUGGUGCACCACUGAAAAAUAGAUCUACACACUUGGAAAUGUCUCCAGUGUUAGAGAAACAUUUUAGUGUCACAAACAAAGGCAUUUUCAUCAGAGAUAUACAAAGCACCAGUGUGGAUGUGAAAGCUAAGUGUAGAACACAGAAGAAUGACAAUUCGGCAGCUAAAAGGCCCAAAAUACCCAGUCAAUAUGACAAUACAACACAAUUAGCCAGUAACAAUAAAGACUCUGCAAUUUGUGCCACAGCUCCACAGAAGAAACAGCUGAAACCAGGUUCUACAUACCUUAAGGUUGUUCCCGUGGCAUCAAGUUCCAGUGGAGGGAAAAAAUCCAACAUUUCAGAAAAUCAAACUGAGAUGAUUUAUAUUUCAGAUAAUAAGAAUGCUGAGAAAUUGGAACCAGGAAAUCUCCGAAUUGAGUCUACAUCCCAAGCCACACUAGAUCCAUCUUUAGUAAUGGAGCAUCCAUCAACAACAAACCGAUCAACUGCUUCAAAGGUUGUUGAAGUCAUCUCCUACUGUAAUUGGAAUGAAAGUCGUGUUAAGGUUAUUAAGUUAAUUGCUGAGUGUGCUAUGGCCAAUAAACUUCCCUUGAUACAGCGAUUGGACAAAUACAAGAUUAAUUUGGAAAAAAGUGAUGGAACUUUAUUUCCACCUAAGAGGAGGAUUGAUGUGAGAGCAACCAUCCAAAAUGUCUCAGAUUCAGAACAUGGAUUUAUUAGGCCCCUGGUGCAGAAUAUGGUGAUUGAAGCUGUGGUUGGCAAUUCUGCCUUCAAAACAAAGCUGAAUCAUUUAAUAUCCAAGGUCUCCAAAGAUAGUUCUAAGCAAACAAGAGUCGAACGGCUUAAUUCUUCAGUUCAUGUUGUAAUGGAUUUAGAGAAAAAUGUCUCCUCACCAGAAAAGUGCCCGAGUGAAACCAGUUGCACCACCAACCCAUCCAACAGACCUACUGCAGAAGGUAAAGCUCAGUCAUUUCCAGUGAUUACAACACAGAAAAGGGAACAAGGAGUUUCCAUUGCAGCUACUGACACAACUGUGAAAAAUGUGUCCAAAGCCCCCCCUCCUAUUAGAUCUGCAGUCACAACAUUCCAGAGAAUUGGGGCUUUGAGUACAGUCCUGACCAAUACAACUGCGACACCAACUCCAAACUGCUUCAUGAAUUCUGUUGCAUCUGGAAACAAACCUGAGACAUCAGCAGCUAUUCCCACCCGUUAUCUAUUGUGUAAAACUAAUUCAUCUGGAUUGUCUUCAGGUUCAGCUGCCUCUCUGGAUCAAGAUGGUCGUCGACAAUGCAUUGCUGUCCCAAACACUUUGAAACUACAGCCAGGAGAUAACCUGAUGCUUCAGCCUAUCAAGGCUGCUGACGGCCGACAGUUGUACAGACACUCCAGUGGGAAAAUAUUCCAGCUAGUUUACACAAAGACUCCAGAACAGACUCCAGUGCAACAGCUGAACAUUCCCCAGUCACCAAUUCCAGGAACAACCUCAGUGGUCAAAAUCCUCACAUCUACGACGACUACUUUGGGAGGUGAUGCUAACACUCCUCUUUGUAACACAGCUGCUACAGAUUCGGAACUGUGUACCAAAACCAGUUUAUCAGGAGUAAGUAUUGGAAGUUUGCACAAUUCCACACCGCUGUGUGAUGUAACCACAACAAAGCAGCAACUUCAGAGUAGCCCUGCAACUUGGACAUUGGUAGAUCAGCUUUCUCCAUCCCAGUCAUUACGUAUGUUUUCAGAGACCACUACACAGGCUGAGCAGCACGACAAUAUCAUUCCUUUGGCCGAUUGCCAAACAAAAGCAAAUCUUGUUAAUUUAAGCAAUGACAUGUUUGACUUUGAAAUGAAUCCAGUGAAAUCCUCUGAGCCAGGGGAAAUCGAUCAAACAGCUGUUACUGUUAACACUUUUCCUAUCAAAAGUGAGACACUUACGGUCACCGGAGCCUGUGAAACAAAAUGGGUGCCUGAGGAUAGUAGAUUUACAGAAGGUUGCAAAAGAACAGGUAGCAUGGAAAAAUUUAAAUCUCAGCUUAAUGCAAACAAGCCAGGUGAAACCCAUAUUAAAGUUGAGCGAGAUUUACCAGAAAUAAAUGGUGAUGAGCCCAUGGAUCCUGAUGGCCCUGAAAUCUGCACUGUAACCGUAAAAGAGGAACCUUUGAAUGAUGAGGAAGACAAUAGCUUUGCUGCAUGGAGAGAAGAGUCCUUUAGGAGCUCCAAGUUCUGGAACCGUUCAUUCAAUUUAAAUACAGAAGCUGUGACUGAAGCUGAGUUAGGUGUGCAGACUCAUUCAAGCAAUAGAAAUAGAGAUGGGGUUGGAAACCUGGUGUCAAAUUCAAGAUUUGCAAGAAAUUCAUCAAUUGUCAAUAAUCCUGCAGUACCACACAGGGGACUUUUCCAGAAUUCACAAUCAUUCAGCCAUUCAACUAAAAAAAAGGUAUAUGAACCCUCUGUGCUAUGUGAAGCUAGAAAGAAGGCAAUAUUACACAACUUGAGAGAACGAGAGUCACGCAGGAUGAUGGAAAAUCGUUUUAAAGUAUUGAAGAAUAAACUUUUUGAUGACCGACAAAUUGCUUCAAAGGGUGCCAUCCUUGAUGAGGCCAUUGAUGUAAUCAAUAACUUGGAUAGGCAAUCCAAAAAUCUAACAAUGGAGAAGGAACUACUUUUGGGAAAACAGAAAAUCCUGUUAGAAAAGAUCUCACUGUUAUCUGCAGAGAUGGAACCUGGUAUAACACAAGAUGGCAUUGAAGCUGGUGAAAUAAUUGAAACCGGUGAGACGUUGAGUUUCUCAAGUGAGAGAGUUUCCUCUUCCCAGAAUUCCUUUGGAAUGAAAUGGUUUCUAGAAGAUGGUCCUUUGGAUGAGCAUGGGACAGAUUGCGGAAUAAAUCUAAAAUAUGAGGUGAACUCGACCGGUUCCGAUGAUAUAGUUGCUGUUAAGGUCGGUGACUACUUCAAUGAAAAAUGUAACAGUGAACUUGACUAUUCUGGCAGCACCAACACUUUUGCAGUGAAAAGAGAAGAAAAUCUUAGCCAAGAAGAUUGCUCCACCGUCAGCUCAGCAAAUGAAGAAUGUUCAGGAAGCUCCAGGCUUUGUAGCUUUUCAGAUUUUGGCACUGAUAUGGAGGCUUUGAAUAAAAUGAGCAUGCGGUGCAGUGAGCCAUUUAGGGGUUGGAUAGCCAACAGGAAGGCAACAUCACAUACACUGAGAGAACGAGAAUCACGCAAGUUGAUGGAAAAUCGUUUUAAAUUAUUGGAGAGCACUGUAUUCAAUGACAAAAAAGCUCCAAAAGGUGCCAUUCUCACUAAGGCCAUUGAUGUAAUCAGUGACUUGGAUUUGCAGUCAGAAGAACUAUUCAGGGAAAAGGAACUGUUAAAGAAAAAGCAAAAGAAGUUGUUAGAGGAAAUUUCACUCCUAGCGGAUACAAGAUCUGAUGCAACUGAGGACCAAGCAGAAGAUGAGCACUUCUUUGGUGCUAAGAACACCUCGGGGGCAAGAGGCUUAACAUUUCAGAAACCUGAACCACACUGGCUCGAAAGCAGUAACCCAUCUGACACUGCAGUAAUGAAAGACAACAUGGUUUCUGUCUUAUCAGAACGUCAUGAUGCAGAUUGCACAGGAGGAGCUGACUGGGGGCAAGAUAAGUUAAAGGCCAACAGUCUUUUUCCAGUUAAGAUUGCAGGAGACCUCAAAGAGAAACAUUACCAGGAACCAUUGAAUCCUGAUGGUUAUGAUUCCACUGCUUUAAGAAGAAGGAUUUUUAAUGGUAAAGAUGAAGAUGCUGUUUUCACUGCAGGAAGAGAGUCGUCCAUUGGGAGCUCUGACUUUGGCAGUCAUUCAGAUUUUGAUGUAAAUACAGAUGAUGUGAAUGAAAUUGAUGUGGAAAUACUGAGUCAUUCAGACAGCGAAUAUUUAGAUAUUGAGAUAGAAGAUGGUGAAGUCGCUGAUGGAACCUCAACAGCUGAGAAAUUAUGUGCACCUCCCAGAUGGCAUUUUCACAAUUAUUCGCAAUCUCACAAGUUUUCACCCAAGAGAAAGAUUUACAAUUCAUCGGAGCUGAGGAAAAGCAGAAAGAAUCCACUGCUGCACACUAUUAGAGAGAGAGAGUGGCGCAAACUUAUGCAGAAACGUUUCAGUGAGUUAAGGGAGCUGCUGUUUGAGGACGAGCGGGUUUCUAAACGUGCCAUUCUUGAUGAGGCCAUCAGUGAAAUUCAAAAUCUGUGUCAGCAAGGACAUAAACUUUAUUUGGAGAAAAAGCUACUGAUGAAAAAACACAAAGCAUUGUUAAAAAUAAUCUCUGUACUCUCUGGAGAGAAGAAAGUUAAAACUCAGAAAAGUGAUGCUGCUGUUUGUGGGAAGCAUAGUGAGAAUUAUGAUCAUAAUAGGACUCCUGUUUCUCCAGGGCCAUCUCUAUCGUCAGCUGUAAAGGGAAAUAAUGAGGAAUCUACACUGGUGCCAGUAGCUGGAACUCCCUUUCGCCUUCUCCUCGAGAAAAUUGCAGUUUCCCCCCAUGGUGAGGAGUAUAGAGAAUGGGACUCUCUUUCCCAGACGGAGGCUCCUGGCACAAAGGAACUACCACCAAGAAGUCUAGUCAUACACCAGCAAGAGGAUGCACAUUUGGCUUUCUUAGAGGGCUAUUCACAAAUGAUAUCAUCAACACAGCCUAAAGAAGAAAUGCAAAUGCAGAAACUUCCAGAAAGAUUGGAAAACAUUUCUGAUACAGCAUCAACAGCCAUUGAUGUAGCAUCAAGGAACCUUAAGAUUGUGCAGGAUGAGAAACAGUGUGCAAAUGCAGUGGGUCUGAGUUUCAAAUCUGCAAAAGAUCUGCUAUCAAAUGGGGACAUUAAAAAGCCAUCACAGGAUGCUUUGUAUUGGUCAAAUUCAGUAGGUAAGGACUGUUCUGCAGAGUCAUUUGAAAAGGAUCAGGUAGAUUCAAAAUCAACGGUAAAAGGGAAACUGCAGGUUAUCAGAUCAACAAAAGGGCAGGACAUUCUUCAAAAACUGGCUAAGAAGGUGCAAGAGGCUGGAAUUAAACCAUGGACUUGGAAAUCAAAACGUGAAGAUUCAGAAAAUGUCUCUCAAAACUUGUUCGACAGUGAGAGCAAGUCAAUGCAAUGUUUCCAAAAGGCUUCCCCCUCCGUUAAUGAGAGCUCUGUUACCCAGUAUGUGUAUACAGAGACUCCUGAUCUCCUUGUGGAAGAUAAAAGCUUACAUGACCUUCUGCCAGGCCAAACAUUGAAGCAUGCUGCAUCGUUGAACAAAGGAGAUGCAGAUCAAUUGGAGGCUGAGCUAGACAUGGAUUCAGUUUCCUCUGAUGGUUCUACAACAGCAACAUGCGCAGUCAGGGAGCCCAAAAUAUUUAUAUCUUCCGUGGACAUUCAUUCUGCCAAUGAAGCAAAUGCAAAUGGGGGCUAUUUGUUACUAGAUUCCACACAGUAGAAUUUGAAAUUAAAAGUCUCUGACUCUUAACAUGA